UCACCUGGUCCUCCGGAUAUUCGCUCUCGCCUCGGUUUCGCUCGUGAAACAUGUAGCAUUUUCAUAUAACGUGUUGCGGUGUGAUUGGUGUCUUUGUCGAGCUUCAUAUAUCCUGAAUCUUUGAUCAUUAAUUUUUCUAGACGCAAAAUAUAUUUUUAUAUAAACGAUAACUUUUUACGGUUAGAUACAGUGUUACGGUGUGCGGGACUAAUUUAAAAUGUUACUAGAGGACUGUUUUUUUUAUACUUGGACUAGUGUGCACUUUUUGUCAUUAAAGUGAAAUAGACAUAUGUUUGAAAUUUUGCUAAAACGAGACGAAAAGUUUUAGAGUGUAGUUAGUGUAGCAAUUAAAAAACUAAUGUUUGUGAAAACGAAAAUGGGAACUUAACGCAGUUUUAUUGUCGUUUAGUGCUUUUUUAGACGCGUGGAAGACUACUGUGACGAUUACUUCAGUGAAUCAUCGCUCGUGGUCAUACGAGGUUCCUGUCUCAUUUUUGCAGCGAUGUACACGUGAUAUUUACUAUGAUAUGUUUAUCUCUUAGGAUUAGCUUAGGAUUAAUCUUUGGCUAGUGAGAGAAAUGUGAAUUGUGAGGGACAACUUGAUGUGUGACAAAAUAAGUCAUAAAUCUUGACUCGACGUCAUGAUGUUCUCUGGUCGUUUAAUCUAAAGCGAGAUGACUAAGUUCAGAGGUCCGUUGGUGCAUCGGAUGAGACGUGGGUAUCACAGUUUGGUGGAUAUCACGACGAAUGAAAUGAACCGCUCAUUGGUAUCGUAUGAAAAUAUAAGAUUACUUGGGGAUGGCUCCGACGACACCGAUUACGAGGGUACCACGCAUCGCAUACCGGAAGCACGGCAGCUCGUGGAGGAGACCAACACGGUUAAAAUCAACAUUAAGGGUAUGACCUGCCAGAGUUGCGUGACGAACAUCGAGAGGAUAAUCGGCAAACGGCCCGAUGUCGUUAACCUCAGGGUGAUUUUGGAGGAGAAAGCCGGCUACAUUAAGUAUAAGGCCAACGAGACUACGCCACAAAUAUUGGCGGAGGCGAUCGAGGAAAUGGGGUUCACCGCUACCCCGUCCGACGAGUCUACGGAAUACGAAGAGAAAAUUUCUUCAGUACUUAGCACCAGUAUCUGCUUCAUACACAUAGAAGGAAUGACGUGUACGUCAUGUGUUAAAAACAUUACCGGUGCUCUGUCCAAAAAGCCCAGUAUAAAGAACGUAAACAUCAGCCUGAAGAAUAAAGAAGCCAAAAUUUAUUACAGUACUGACUUAACGCCCAAUCAGAUAGCAAUUUAUAUACAAGAGUUAGGCUUCAACGCGUAUGUGAAAGAAUCGGACGACACUGAGAGAUCGCAAUCGGAUCUUGUCCUUAAUAAAAAGAAGAAGAAGAAAGAAGUGGAGAAGAAGAAGGUGGAGAAGGAGGUGGUAUUGCAAGCAAACGGAGCUGGUGAUAUCAAAGAACUGUCGAAAGAACAAAAGUGCUUCCUGCAUGUAACAGGUAUGACUUGCGGUUCCUGCGUUGCUGCGAUAGAGAAACACUGUAAAAAGCUGUACGGCGUAAACAGCAUAUUAGUGGCUUUGAUGGCUGCCAAGGCAGAAGUCACAUACGAUCCUAGCAAAAUAAGAGCGGGAGAUAUCGCUUCCAGUAUAUCAGAAUUGGGUUUCCCUACGACCUUAAUCGAGGAAUGUGGGAGUGGAGAAGGCGAUGUCGAAUUAAAAAUCAUGGGCAUGACGUGCGCAUCGUGCGUGAAUAAAAUAGAGUCGUCCGUGAAGAGGCUACCUGGUAUACGAUCGGCGAUGGUUGCUCUAGCAACACAGCGGGGAAAGUUCAAGUACGACGUGGAAAAGACCGGUAUCAGAGAUAUCGUCGAAUGUAUCAAUAAAUUAGGGUUUACGGCCCAACUAUUUAGCAAUCGAGAUAAGGAGAGCAGAGACUAUUUGGAUCAAAAAGAAGAGAUAAGUAAAUGGCGGACGGCAUUCUUGGUAUCGCUGAUUUUCGGAGUUCCAUGUAUGGCAACGAUGACGUAUUUUAUGAUAGUUAUGUCCUAUGGUAAUAAAACGCAUGAGGAGAUGUGUUGCAUAGUGCCUGGCCUUUCCUGGGAAAAUCUGUUACUCCUCGUGUUCUCCACACCAGUACAGUUCUUUGGCGGUUGGCAUUUCUACGUGCAAGCCUAUAAAGCUUUGAAACAUUGUACGACUAACAUGGAUGUUUUAAUCUCAAUGACUACCACGAUCUCAUAUCUUUACUCCAUCGCCGUUCUCACUGCCGCUAUAAUAAUGAAAGAGAACGUCAGUCCACAAACGUUCUUCGACACUCCGCCGAUGCUUCUUGUCUUCAUCAGUCUGGGAAGAUGGCUCGAGCAUGUAGCGAAGGGAAAAACAUCCGAAGCUCUCUCAAAACUAUUAUCUUUGAAAGCCACAGAUGCUGUGUUGGUUUCGUUAGGAUCCAAUAAUGAAAUACUAUCAGAACGCUUGAUAAGCAUCGAUUUGGUGCAACGCGGCGACGUACUGAAAGUGGUCCAAGGCGCUAAAGUGCCCGUUGACGGUCGCGUACUGUCUGGUCAAUCUGCAUGCGACGAAAGUCUGAUUACGGGUGAGAGCAUGCCAGUGCCAAAGAAGAAAGGUUCAUUGGUAAUUGGCGGUUCGAUCAAUCAGAAUGGACCAUUGCUGGUCACCGCCACUCACACGGGCGAACACACAACGCUGGCGCAGAUCGUUCGCUUGGUGGAGGAGGCGCAAACGAACAAAGCACCUAUCCAACAUCUGGCUGACAAGAUAGCCGGUUAUUUCAUACCCCUGGUCAUAGCAGUCUCCAUAGUGACGCUAGUGAUUUGGAUUAUCAUCGGCUACAUAAAUGUCGAGCAGUUGCCCAUAUCACACAAUGAUCAGAUCAAUAAACACGGUAUGAAUCGUGAGGAGAUCAUAUUUCAGUACGCUUUUAGAAGUGCCCUGGCAGUACUCGCGAUCGCUUGUCCCUGUGCGCUCGGCUUGGCCACACCGACCGCGGUUAUGGUUGGUACAGGCGUAGGCGCGCUGAACGGCAUCCUAAUUAAAGGCGCUGAGCCACUGGAGAAUGCACACAAAGUCAAAUGCGUUCUCUUCGACAAAACAGGAACGUUGACGCACGGUACUCCGACCGUCACCAAGAUCGCUUUAUUCGUGGAAGAGAGGAUCUGUUCACUGGGGAAGAUGCUGCUAGUCGUUGGCACAGCGGAAAUAAACAGUGAGCAUCCUAUCGCAUCAGCAAUCGUACGCUUCGUGAAAGAGACACUCGGAUUGACGACUACUGGACAGUACUCGAAUUUCCAAGCGGUUGCCGGUUGUGGUUUAAAAUGUAAAGUAACCCAUUUGGACGGCGCACUGUUCGAAGUAUUGAAAUCCGAACAGAUCGUCAACUAUAUGAAUCAUGCAUACGAUUCGCCAGUUGGAACGUACAUUCUCAAUAACGUGCCCAUCGAAGCUAUGCCGAUUGCCGAGAUAACACAAGAGAAGCAAAACAUAGAUCUACAAUUACUUUUAAGUCCCGGUAUGCGUGGCGAUCCAGGUGACUUAGAUGACAUGUACGAGGUCUGCAUCGGUAACCGGGAAUGGAUGCGCCGGAAUGCGAUCAAUAUUCCGGAGGAGGUUGAGAGGCAAAUGGUUAACGAGGAGGACCUAGGACACACCGCAGUCCUAGUCUCAAUAAAUAAUAUGCUUGUCGCUAUGAUCAGUGUCGCCGAUACAGUGAAACCAGAGGCACAUCUCGCCGUUUACACCUUAAAGAAAAUGGGAUUGCAAGUAAUUCUCUUGACGGGCGAUAACAGGAAAACCGCGGCUUCAAUUGCCAAACAGGUUGGCAUCAGCAAAGUUUUCGCGGAAGUCUUACCAUCACACAAGGUGGCUAAAAUUCAGCGACUGCAGGAUCAGGGUCUGAGAGUCGCCAUGGUGGGAGAUGGUGUCAAUGACAGUCCGGCUUUAGCUCAAUCAGAUGUCGGCAUUGCUAUCGCAUCGGGAACAGAUGUUGCUGUGGAGGCUGCCGACGUGGUUCUGAUGCGCAACGAUCUUCUGGACGUAAUCGCGUGUUUAGAUCUAUCGAGAAAAACGGUCUGUAGGAUAAGACUGAAUUUCUUACUCGCUAGUGUCUACAAUCUUCUGGGCAUUCCCAUAGCUGCCGGGGUAUUUAGCUCCUUUGGUUUCUUCCUACAGCCAUGGAUGUCUUCCGCCGCCAUGGCUUUAAGUAGCGUGUCAGUAGUAGGAAGUUCCUUAUUAUUGAAACUUUAUCGUAAACCAACUAAAGCCACAUUGGAAACUUCCGAAUAUACAGCAGCUAUGCAAGCCCAUUCCACAGCUCGAACGAUCGAAUUGGAUACGAUAUCACUUCAUCGUGGAUUGGAUGAUUCGGUCGUACCAAUAAAUAGAUCGACAUCCACAUUGUCCAGAAUAUUUGGAAAGUCAAAAGUCGAGGUGGAAGGCCAUCUUCUUGGCGAGGAAACAGAUGAAAUUGACUUAGCUGUGGAUUUUUCAAAUUAUCGUAAAAACGUGAAGAACUCUGCGGACAUAACUUCUGUAUAA